AUGAAUCGCGAAAUAACCGUAAUCAACCAUGAAAAUACUCCAGAAGUAGCCUUCCUAGAGGCGGCUGAAGCUACUCAUAACAACAUCGACAAUCCUAAUCCUACGGUGCUGUCCAUUAUAAAAUUGGCAAAAUAUGGCAAGGAUAUGACAGAUCACCUACCGACCUGGAUCGAAUCUGUUCUACUUGGAUGGGAAGAUACUAGCGCUAAAACCCAUCGUAACAUUUCUACAAAUAGACAA